AUGGCUCCGGAGCUUACUCACACCACCACCUCCGCCUCUAAAUCCGCCGUGACGGUAGCUAAACCGUUGCGGCAAAUCCACGGCGAUCGAGCUUACGUGACGUUUCUAGCCGGAAACGGUGAUUACGUGAAAGGAGUCGUUGGUUUAGCCAAAGGACUAAGAAAAGUCAAAUCGGCGUAUCCACUUGUCGUUGCGAUAUUACCAGACGUUCCGGAGGAGCACCGUCGUAUACUUGUGGAACAAGGUUGCAUUGUACGUGAAAUCGAACCCGUUUACCCACCCGAGAACCAAACACAGUUCGCUAUGGCUUAUUACGUCAUCAAUUACUCCAAACUACGUAUCUGGGAGUUUGUGGAGUAUAGUAAGAUGAUAUAUUUAGAUGGAGACAUUCAAGUUUAUGAAAACAUUGAUCAUUUGUUUGAUCUUCCUGAUGGAUAUUUCUACGCGGUGAUGGAUUGUUUCUGCGAGAAAACAUGGAGCCAUACGCCUCAAUACAAGAUCGGAUAUUGUCAACAGUGCCCGGAGAAAGUCCAGUGGCCAAAGUCGGAGCUUGGAGAACCACCGGCUCUUUAUUUCAACGCCGGAAUGUUCUUGUUCGAACCUAACCUUGAGACUUAUGAGGAUCUUCUAAAAACCCUCAAAGUCACUCCUCCAACUCCUUUCGCUGAACAGGAUUUUCUAAACAUGUACUUCAAAAAAAUCUACAAGCCGAUUCCUCUAGUGUACAAUCUCGUCCUCGCUAUGUUAUGGCGACACCCAGAAAACGUAGAGCUUGAUAAAGUCAAAGUGGUUCAUUACUGUGCAGCGGGUUCGAAGCCGUGGAGAUACACAGGGAAAGAAGCGAACAUGGAGAGAGAAGACAUUAAGAUGUUAGUGAAGAAAUGGUGGGACAUAUACAACGAUGAUUCCUUGGAUUAUAAGAAAUCUGUAGAUGUUGUCGACACAGAGACCGAUCUGGUGAAUCUGAAACCGUUUAUCACCGCUCUUACUGAAGCUGGGCAGGUCAAGUACGUGACCGCACCCUCCGCUGCAUGA